AGUGUCAUCGGUUGAUUGGCAAAGACGCAGUUUUCGAGCGGCGAUUUAAGGGGUUUUGGUGCGCAAAUCGCCGAAAAAGUCAAAUAUUAAUUGCCCAGUUCGGAGUUAGUGCCGUUUGUGCGUCCUCUUCUAACUCACUUGUGUGUGCAGUGGGCGCAUGUCUGUGCUCACUUGUUAAUUCCCGGGGUUGUACAAAAUCCAAGGUUACGUAACUGGAAAUGUUUCAGUUCGAGCUUUUGCGGAAAAUACAGACUGUGUGAGAAAAUGGAUGUGUUUGGUCGAAAAUGGAUUUUGGGGGGGAAUUGUCGAAACAAGGGCUGGAUACUGUAAGGGCCCUCCACCAGACUGUUGUCGCUUUGAGGCAAGCUUUAGAGCAAAGUCGGACUGAAAUAUUAGAACUGAAAACGAAAAGUUUCCCAAUUGAAUCGGUCGAACAAACCUUGAAAACACUAGCACUCGAGAAUCACGUUUUGAAAACGCAGCUCGUUGAUCAAGCUCAAAAACCAGUAUUAGAGAAAAAGGAUGACAAUCGUAAGUUGAAAAAACGAAAAUUUGAGGCAAAAAUUUGCGUGAAAUCGACGUCACAGUCACUCGAAAGUCUCCUAGUUUUAAAAUCACCAACCAGCAAAAAACUAACUGUUUCGAAAACGGUCAGUUUCUCCAACCUGUCUCGACCAGAAAUGAAUAAUAACGAAACCCAAGAACAGAAUGACGUAGAACAGGAGCAAGAGCAAGAUCAGGACCAAGAAGUGGACGAUAUUGAACUGAUCUUCACCACAGAUGAGACGAAAGAUUCGGAUUUCAAAGAACAACUAGUGUCUAUCGAAGCUGGCGAUUCUUCCUUACUCCAAUGCCCGGAUUUGGACCAGAAUUUGGAUAUUUCCGAUCGAGAACUGGACGAUGACGUGUUCAACGAUAAUCCCGAAGUUGAUUUCCGACGUGAAAAUUCGCAACUGUACAAUUCCAAGUCGGACAAUUCGAUUAAUCAAGAGAAAAGUUUCAAGAGUUGUUACUCGUAUCAAGAUUCCAGUUUUGAGAAUAAGUCUUUAGAGAAAGACGAGAGUUUUGAUCGGUUUGAGGAACGUGUUAGGAUUGUGGAAACGGAUAUUUCGAAAUGUGGGAUUCAGGAGGUGGAGUAUGGGGGGCUGAGGCGAAACACGUGUCCCAAUCCGCUGCAAUAUCGGCCUCUUUUGCACCGGGAGGCCUUGUCGAAAGGCUCCCGCAAGACUCGCCCGAUCUUGGCGCACUCGAACGCAAUCCGCAAAGACUCCGGUGCCCAAACGGACAUUUCAGCUCUGCCUGGCUCAUCGUGGCUCUCCGAGAGCAACUUAGCGAACAAAACAAGAGGAGGUGAAAAUUUCCCAACGUUACCAUCAAAAUUCCCCUUGCCUGGCUCUAGACUACGCCUAUCGGAAAAAACAGUCGAAGCUCGCCGAGUUUUACUUUCCGAUAUAGGUUUUACCAGCAUGGUGCCAGAGCUGUCUAGAUCAGCCGAUCAUUUAUGCCCUGGCAACCUCAAACCACCAGUUACUUAUGGCCAGUUUUUGAAAACUAGCGAUUUUCAUUCGCCGGGAUUUACAUCCCAGAAAUUUACUUGGACGACCACCACGGCAACUCCAAGUGAAGGUAGCUACUCUCAGUCCCGGUAUAAUAGUCUCUAUCCCUUAGCCUCACCUCCUAUACCUUCCCGUCGGUGCUCCGCCCCUGUUUCUCCCUCACGUCGAGCCAUCCUCAGACCUACUCCAUCUAAAGUUAGGUUUGCCAACGGUUCCUUACCCGAAUUACGAGGCGAUUGGACCAUGACUUUGGAUAGUGGCGAUUCCACGGAUAGUCUAGUAGAAGAAGCGGAAAAUUACUUAAGACGGUCGAUUGACUGUAUUGUGACCACAAGGGAUUAUGGAAAUGAUGGUAAUAAGAAAAGUGUGCCUCGCCGCGCCUCAGCCCCCGAACCCUCAGGAGACAACGUCCCACCUCAAGGUUGGCAACCGUUUCUCCCACGAGUCCCACGUGACCUCAAACCAGACCAUUGGGUCAAGGUUAUAACUCCUGAAGGGCGGGUCAGAGGAGGCCGCGUCCGCUAUAUUGGACCUGUAGUAUCCCAAAACGACCAAUUUGUCGGCGUACAGUUGGGCACCCCUGAUGGUCAUUCUGAUGGUACUUUUAGUACCAGAAGGUAUUUCCAAUGCGAGCCUUACCAUGGUAUUUUUGUACCGUUUAAGAAAGUAAUCAUGGGUUGGAGGCCAUAAUAGCGGGAUCAUUUGUUUCUUCAUGUGCCAUAUGUUAUUGUUUAAGCAAUAUAAUAUUGAUUGAAAUUAGGCCAAUUUGUGUUCAAUUGGGUUUAUUAUUGGAGACUCCAAUCGCUUCCUAUGACCACAGACUUCGUGAUCACAGACGGCGCCUUCCCAUCACAUUAAAAAUGUUUCGCCUCGGUUUAUAGAAAAUAAUAAUUCUUCCGUGGGAGGAAAAAACCUACUCUGCACUUUUAAAUCAGGAAGCAAAAUGUUAUUUCCUGUAAAAUGAGGCGAAAAAAUUAUAUAUAUGUCACGGGGACAAAGUAAAUUUUCUUUCUUGUACAAUUACAGGAAAUUUUAAACGUUGUUCUCUUCAUAUACAGACUGAACUAAAAGUAACGCACAAUAUUCAUAACAUUGUUAUUGGUCAUUUUUCAAAAAAAUCUUCUAACAGAUCAAUUUAAUGUUACAUUUUGACUUCAUGUACCUAGUCACAUUUAUGAUAUCAUUAGUUUUUAAGUUGUGAUUACAUUAAUAUUUCUUAUUUUUUUUAAAUAACAUUAUUAUUAUUAUUAUCUUUUUGUUUUUGACUUAUUUUAUAGGCGGCAAUUGUUUUUUAUAUCUUUUAUAUAAUAAGAAUAUAAAAAAUAUAUAUAAUAUAUAAUAAAAUCAACAGUAAGACAUAAUAAAUAUGAAAAAAAUAAAUAAAAACAAUCGUCUUUUUUACACCAAAAGACAAAACUUUUUGUGUAAAACUUUCAAUGACUGUAAUAAUUCUUUUAUUUUAUUUUCUUCUUUUUUUAAUUUAUUUUACUUUAUUUUUUAUACUUACUUACCAGAAAGAUAAAAGUGUGUUCCAUCUAAAACACUAGUUAAAAUUGUCAGAUGGCAUUUAAAAAAAAUAAAAAUGACGUCAUUACUCAAUAACCAAUGACGUUAGAAAAUUGACCUUUUCGAGAAUUUUUAAAAAAUGGGUUAUUAAGAAGAUAUAAAUUGUGUACGUUACUUUUGGUUCAGUCUGCAGAAAUAUCUAUUUUUUGUAAUUCUGGGGGUGAAGGGAAGCUUCCUUCGUUGAUCAAGGGGGCUGUGCCUACGACUAAUGAAAAGACAGAGAUGUGCCUUCGUCCUCAUUUUAUGGCUUAAUUGAAAUGGUUCAAACGAGGAAUUGUGUCGUUCUCUUUCAGCUGUUACUUAUUUAAACUAUAGUCGAGUGUAUUCUAUGCAAGAAUCGUAGUAAUUAAUCGGCACAGUAGCCGACUUGAUCGACAGUUCAGUCGAAUAUUUAUAUAACUGUUAACUCCUAAAUUAGAUAUAUUGUGUUUUAUUUAAGACCAAGAGAGAGGCGGCCUAAAUUGUUGAACUGUUAAAAUGUGAAAAGGGUCAAUUUUCGUAUCUUUAUCGCCGUUAUAGCAUCAGUAUUACGACAAAUGGUGUACAGGGCAGAGUAAUAAAUGAAUAAACAUAUCUAUGUCAA